AAUAUCGUGACUCGUCUUAUUUCAGCUCUUCUUCUUGUGAUAGUAUUUACUGCAUCAAAGAUUAUUUCUGUGCUUGUUUCUCUUAGAUGAGUAAAUACAACUCCACUAAUUUCGACUAAGAAAAAGAAGAAAAAAUAAUACUCCAAUUCAUGAAUGCCCCCCAUGUGUUUGAUCAUUGGUUUGUGAAUUAUUCUGUAUUUGAGAUCAAGAAUCUGCUUUGUGGGCGUCUAUGUUUAUUCUUGAUCUCGUUGCUACUUCAUUAUUGAAGAGUAUCUUCAUUAUUUCUGCAGUUAGAUCAUGUCUGCCUGAUAAAAUUCCUCACAAUCCUUGGACAACACUAGGCCUAGUCUAGUUGUGGUUUAACUUAGAAUAAUUCUCCUCAAAGUUACACCUUUAUUUUAUAGGGAGCAACGUCAAAGGGGGACCAAUGGUGCCUCGAGUCACUUUGAGUUGUGGUUUUUGCUUCCUAACAGCUACCCUUUUCUCAGACAACAAGGGGGGACCUUUGUCUGGUAUUUUUGUUUCUCUAACUUGUUUGCGAGCGCUCUAAUAAUAGCUGGACUUUGCCCGAAAGAGACAACUGUUUUAGCAUUAUCAUCAAAAAAGCUACUACUAUUGUAGGAAUCACCACCACUCAGGUUGUUGGUGGAUGUCAUGCCCCGAGACCUCCUUACCAUGAGAACGUCCUGAUAUUUCCUUCCCCUAGUACGAUCAAGUGUCCCGCUAGCUGAUAAAGAUGAGCGCGAUAUGGUUAUCCUCUUUGCCGGCCUCCCCUUAGAUUUCAAAGCUCUCAUCAUGAAACAUAUUACUCAAAUAUCUAGAUUUCCUAACAUGUGUGAUGGAUAUUUAGAACGAAGUCAGUUCACUUAUUUAGUACUCCUCCACUACUAUAAGUCCGAGUUUUGGUUAUUUAUUGCUGUUUCUAUAUAACUCUCUGUAUUGUUGAAAGCCUGAUUUUUUAUAUUUAUCUGCCACUUCUAGGCAACAUGUUCCACAGCAUGACUGAUUGAAUAUUUGGCUUCACUCGAAUCUUAUCCAUCCUCGAAUUAUUGCUUCCUUGCUCUGGUUUAUUUAGCUUUUUUAAUGGUACUCUGUAACUGUCAAACUAAAUAAGCAAUCUUGAAUUUAUUAUGCAGAGUGGCUGAACUAUAUAUGAUGAUAGCAUACUUAGCCCAAACUAGACUUCUAUUAGUGGAAUUACUUAGUUAAAUUUCCUCAAAUAAGGCCAAGCCCUCCUCCAUCCAUGCUGUUACCUCAUGAAUCUGUAGUAGCCAAAUAUGUCGAAUGUUGAAUUCAAAAAUUCCACAGUUGCUUGCGACUUUUAUGGUCACGUAGAAAGAGAGAAUGAUAAACAACAAAAUGUUAAAGGACAAGAGAAAACAACCUUAGAAUAAGUGAAUGAAUAGACUGAAAAAGUUACUAGUAUAGACUGUCAAGUAGAACCUUUGAUGCAUAUUGGAUGUCUAUUACAGCAUUAAUCAGUGACUGCACUAGUUUCAAAUGCAUUUAUCAGUGUGUAUUUGCAACACUAUCUUGUAUUUAAUGUGUAAUGAAGAAAUCUAGACCCAAAAAUGAGUACUUUGUGGGGCUAAUACUUUUAUUCCCUUUCUCCCAUUUCCUUUCCUUGUCAAUUAUUAAUUACACUUGUCAUCAAGUCAGACCACCACAAAUAUUAUUGUCAGCAUAGUGAGAGAAACACAAUAUGUACUUGAUAAUACAUGUACAUUUGCAUUAUGUAAGAGCAAGGCUUCUUAUAAGCCUCAUAGACCUUAAACACACUUCAAAAAAAAUUGAGCCUUUUUCCUCCUUUUUUCUCUCUAUGGAAGCUAGCUUACAGACUCCCUCCAUUGAGAGUUUCUCCUACAGUUGGCUGGCUAACUUGAAGCCGUCAUCGUUCGAGGACUCAUUGAUCUCAUCCGAUCAUGAUGAAGGAGCCUCCUUCAUCGAGAUGGAUCCAAGGCUGCCCCCCUCAAAGAGGUUCAUCCGAGUUUCUUCUGAUUUUGGUUUCGAUUUCCCUGUCUCGGACUCCCCAUUAGGCCUUGUUCACGCGGAUGAGCUCAUUUCCAACGGCUUCCUCGUCCCCCUUUUUGUCAAGGAAGUGAAGAUGGUCAGGUUUGACGACGAGGGCUGCUACAUGCCAACAACUACUGCUUCCACUUCUGAGAUAACGGUGCAUUCAACAAGGCGCGUGCGCUGCGCCUCGUUGAGGAGAUGCCACAGAUUGUCGAAGAGAUUCUUCCAGAAGUAUGUGAAGUUCUUGUUGAGGCCUCUUCUUUAUAGGAAGAGGCGGGAUAGCAGUAGUAGCAUCGCAAUGAGCAGCAACCGGAACUGGGAGCUGUCGGCUGCGACCUCACCACGGACGAGCUUGGCCUACUCCGCUGAUGAUAACUGGCGCAGGUCUUGCGAUUCGGAGAGCUCAAUCUAUGAAGCAGUGCUCCACUGCAAAAGAACUCAGGGUAUGUAAUGAACAAGGAUUGAAGCAACAACAAAAAAAAGGAAAAGACAUGAUAAAAUGGAAUGGUGGUGGUUCAUCUUCUUUUUUUUUUUUUUUUUUUUUCUGUUUUGUAUUAUCAUGACAAAAUAUAAUGCAGAAAUCUGUCUUUUUGAGGAAGUAGUUUCUGUCAAAGAUUGUAAGCCUUGGAAACUAGUAGUAGUAGUAGUAGUUCACACAGUUUCAAGGCACUGUGUGUGUUUCCAUUAUAUUUGGGUUGUUUAUUAUUUAUUUUCUCCUUUUCCAACUCAGAAAAGAUGGGAGUUUUUUCUUCUUUGUGAAGUUUUAAGGCAGAAUAAGUAAAUUCUAAAUUUUAAGA